GAGUGGCUGAAUGACGAAGUGAUCAACGCGUACAUGGCAUUAAUUAUCGACUACUUGCGAAGAACCAACAACAACUCUGGGCGGCAUGACAAGCCGCGAUACCACGCAUUCAAUUCUUUUUUCUUUUCCAAUUUGCGAGACAAGGGAUACGAGUCUGUCCGCAGGUGGGCGACACGGGCCAAGAUUGGAGGCAAGGCUCUCCUCAACGUCGACACGGUGUUUGUGCCUAUCCAUGACAAAUCUCACUGGACACUCAUCGUGGUCAAGCCGUGCGAUCGCACCAUCGAACACUUCGAUUCCCUGGGGGGGCUGAACAGGCGCCAUGUAAAUCUCAUCAAAACAUGGCUGGGGGGGGAACUGGGGGAGGGAUUUGUGGAGGCGGAGUGGAAGGUGCUGCCGUCCCUGUCUCCCCGGCAAGACAACGGGUCCGACUGUGGUGUCUUCCUCCUGUCGACGGCGAAAGCCGUCGCCAUCAACCUGGAGCCCCAAUCCUAUGGGGCUCCAGACUCCCCACUACUGCGACAGAAAAUAGUGGGGGAGUUGAUGAAUGGAGGCCUGGACGGGGACUUCAAUCCCGUCCAGGGCCGGGGGGUCAUGCUGUGA